AUGAUUGCUUCAAUCUUCCUCGCUGCCCUCGCCGCCGUUCAUGUCACUGCUUGGCCGCGAUAUGGCAAUUCCCCCUCCAAGCUUGACUCCUACAUUGAGUCCCAGCUGCAGAGAUCACUCCAAGGCGUUUUUGAUAACAUUGGUCCUGAUGGUGCAAAAGCCCCUGGUGCCCAUGCUGGCAUCGUCAUUGCUUCUCCGUCGACGCUGGACCCUGACUACUACUUCACCUGGACUCGUGACUCUGCCUUAACCCUCAAGAUGGUCGUCGAUGAGUUUCUCACUGGCAACGAGAAUGUUGAGCACUACAUCAAAGAAUACAUCACUGCCCAAGCAAUUCUCCAGACCGUCAGCAACCCCUCGGGCUCCCUCUCGUCUGGUCGUGGACUUGGCGAGCCAAAGUACUACUCCAACAUCACUCGUUUCAAUCGUUCUUGGGGUCGUCCACAGCGUGAUGGUCCUGCCCUACGUGCCACUGCCAUCAUCGCUUACGCCAGGUACUUGCUCUCACGAGGCAAGACGCAAGAAGUGAAGAGUAGGGUUUGGCCAGUCGUCAAGAAUGACCUUGCCUACGUUGCUCAAUUCUGGAACUCCACUGGUUUCGAUCUUUGGGAGGAAGUGAAUGGUCGUUCGUUCUUUGCCACUGCGGUCCAGCACCGCGCUCUAGUUGAGGGCGCUGCUCUGGCUAACAAGAUUGGCCUCUCUUGUGCUGACUGCGACUCUCAAGCGCCUAAUGUUCUGUGCCUACUCCAGACAUACUGGAACGGUCAGUAUAUCGUCUCCAACAUGGGUGUUUCUGCUGUACGGACUGGUAUCGAUGCGAACAGCGUUUUGGGCUCGCUUGCCACAUUUGACCCUACUGCCUCCUGCACUGAUGAGACUUUCCAACCUUGUUCUCAUCGUGCACUUGCCAACCUCAAAGUCUACGUUGACUCGUUCCGCCCCGCAUACACGAUCAAUGCCGGUCUUAAUGAAUCCGUUGCUGCUGCUACUGGUCGAUACACUGAAGACGUCUACUACUUCGGCAACCCUUGGUACCUGACCACUCUCGCCGUGGCUGAGCAGCUCUACGACGCUGUCCAGCAAUGGCGAGCUCUCUCCUCUCUCACCGUGACGUCUGUCGAUCUUGCCUUCUGGAAAGCCAUCAAAUCUGAUGCCGCAGAGGGCACGUACAAUGCCGGUACUCAGUCCUUUGACUCUUACCUUUCAACUGCCAUGACCUUUGCAGACGGCUUCGUCGACAUUGUAAAAAAAUACACUCCGAUCGACGGCGGGUUAGCAGAACAGUACUCCCGCGAAAACGGCACUGCUGUCUCUGCACGCGACCUCACAUGGUCCUACGCCUCCUUUGUCACCAUGGCGGCAGCGCGUCGUGCAGCCCUCAUUCAUUCGUCAAAAGAGCGUAAGCCACUUCAGGUACCGUCCUGGGGCGAGCCAAACGCAAACAAGGUCCCGUCGGUAUGUCUCGCGUCCUCUGCUCCUGGAACGUACAUCCCUGCGACCAGUGCUGGCGCACCUGCAGGAGCCGGCGGAUGCACGCUUACUGUCACAUUCAACGUCAACGCCAGCACCUUCUUCGGUGAAAACGUAUAUAUCUUUGGCAACACGACCGAUCUCGGUGCUUGGAACACUCAGGAUGCGAUAGCAGGCAAUGCCGCAGGUUACACUUCUGACCGUCCGCUGUGGGACUUUGAGAUCGACCUCCCUGCGAGCAGUGGUGUGGAGUAUGCCUUUUUGCGUGCGGAGCCGGAUGGAAGUUUUAUCCGAGAGGACGUAAAUAGGACAUACACGAUACCGCCCUGUGGAGAUGUGCCUGGAAAUGGCACUGCAACAGUAGAGGAUGCGUGGAGUGGUCCUGUCGGAACGCCUGCUGCAUAG